AUGAUUGUGCUUCUCCUCCUAGGAAUGCUGACGGCCCCACGUGGCGGGGGCCACCCUCUUGACACCCCACACCUUCCAAAUAAGCUGCCUCUGGGACUCUCAGAAAACAUCAGUAUGACUUUCUUCAAUGGGAUGUUUAAAAAUGUGGAAGGUGUGGCUGAAAUUUUUGACUGCCUGGGCUCCCACUUCACCUGGCUGCAGGCUGUCUUCACCAACUUCCCGGCGCUGCUCCAGUUUGUGAAUGGUAUGAGGUGCGUGGCUGGGCUCUGCCCCCGGGACUUCGAAGACUACGGCUGUGCCUGCAGGUUUGAGAUGGAAGGGCUGCCUGUGGACCAGUCUGACAGCUGCUGCUUCCAGCAUCGCAGGUGCUACGAGGAGGCCGCUGAGAUGGACUGUCUGCAAGACCCUGCCAAACUUAGCACAGAUGUCAACUGCGUCAGCAAGAGUAUCUCGUGUGCGUCCAGGGACACCUGUGAGCACCUGCUGUGCACCUGCGAUAAGGCUGCCAUAGAGUGCUUGGCUCAGUCCAGCAUCAACUCUUCCCUGAACCUUCUGGACACGUCCUUCUGUCUGGUUCAGCCCCCAGAGACAGCCAGCAAGGAGGAGCUGCUGACAGUGCUGCCCAGAGUGGUUCCUGUGGAGCCCACGGACUCCAGCCUGAUGGCCAUUUCGGGAGAAGUGGCAUCUGAGACCAGAGCUGACCAACUGAUCACGCUCUCCAGGACAAAACCAGGUGGAGACCAGAAAGGCAUGGAAGACUCUAGGACCACACCUUCUCCAGGGUCUGCAGAAAUUGUUGCCACAGCGAAAGGUGUAACCGUCGUCCCCGCUGGCAUUAAAUCUUUGGGGAUGACGGUAUCAUCCACCAAAAGCGGUCCCGAGGAGACAUCUGGAAAAGCCUGUGACAGGCUCACCUUCCUGCAUCCGGGAAGCGGGGAUCACACGCGGGUGAGGCCACAGCUUGGAGAGAUGCUCUUCUGUCUGACAUCCCGGUGCCCCGAGGACUUUGAAUCCUAUGGCUGUUACUGUGGGCAGGAAGGACAAGGCGAGCCGAGGGACGCCCUGGACAGGUGCUGUCUGUCCCAUCACUGCUGCCUGGAGCAGGUGAGAAAGCUGGGCUGUCUGCUCGAGAGGCCUCCUCAGCCGCCGGUGCUGUGCGUGGACGGUACCCCCAAGUGUGUGGGGCGGAACCUGUGUGCGAAGCUGCUCUGCGCCUGUGACCAGUCAGCGGCCGGGUGCAUGGCCUCUGCCUUCUACAACCACAGCCUGCAGUCGGCAGGCAGACGCGAGUGCCGGGGCGACCGGCCGACCUGCGAGGGCGGCGGGCCCGCGGCUUCCGUCCCGGGCUCCAGCUCCGAGGAGGACAGCGAGGAGGCCCCGCCCCUCACGGGGGGCCUGAGAACCAGAAGGUUCCUGGGGAAGCCGCUGGGUCUCGCGGGGCCCUGGCCGCCGUAUGGCCCCAGAUAG